AUGUCCGUCUUUGCUAUGGAGCCACUGAUGAGGCCUAAUUUUACAGAGUGCGGUAAUAGAGAGCCUUUUGAAUUGGCUGCUUUGCGAGAAGAGGGUCUUUUGUGGCCCAAUCACUUUCCUUUCAAGCUGCUCAAUGAGAUAUUUGUGUAA